GCCUCACGUACCUGCUCGCUCCAUGUCCGUGCCGCCAGUGGUCCAUCAGUGCCAGUGCCAGUGCCAGUGACUGAUGGUGCGGGGUGGGUGGACCCUGUUACAGUAUCGCAGCUGGCCUCUUCGGACAGUUCGUCCACAUCCCCAAUCUGAUACUGAUACCUACUUACAUCAGCAACUACGUACUUCCUCAGAAGUCGACUGACCCAAUUGACGCACAAUGAAGUCAACAAUCCUCUUUACCCUCGCCGCGACGGCGGCUGGCCUCGUGAGCGCCGACGAACUCAAGAUCGACAAGACACACAGCGUCGAGUGUGAGCGCCGUACGCAGAACGGAGACAACAUUCACAUGCACUACCACGGCAGCCUUGCGGAUUCGGGCAAGAAGUUCGAUGCCAGCUACGACCGCGGGCGGCCAUUGACCUUUGUCCUGGGAUCCGGACGUGUCAUCAAAGGUUGGGACCAGGGUCUGCUCGACAUGUGCAUCGGCGACAAAAGGACCUUGACCAUCCCUCCUGAGCUCGGAUACGGACAGCGCGCUAUGGGACCUAUUCCUGCCGGAUCGACGCUCAUCUUUGAGACAGAGCUGGUGGGCAUCGAUGGCGUCGAGCCACCCGAGACUAUCGAACCCGAGGUCCUCGUUGAAGAGGUUAAGACAGAAGCGGAGGGCAUCGCAGAGAAGGUCGCCAGUGCCGCAGCCGAGGCCGCAGACGCGGCCAAAACCAUGGUUGCCGACACAGACGAUAUCGAGGGCCACGAGGAGUUGUAGUGAAAUAACUAUUCUCGGCCAACAUGUGUCUAGAAAUACGAAUGACAUAACGACCCCUUGCAACGGAAUUGUAGUGCGCGUUGAGUCGUGAUGAUACUUUGGUCUAGCUCCGAUGCGCUGUGACACAAAGACUGGCAAUUCGCCAGUGUGAUAUAUGUGGUAUCCAUGCCACGAUCACAGUGUCGAGCCGUAUUUUACGAGCUCACAAACAGGUGACAGACUCGAGAAGUGGCCUGGCGUUUACGUUCCUUCGGUACCUUAGGUGUAAGUACACGGAGCUCGAUUGUGUUGAUAUGACGCCUGAAUGGCGUUCUCUGUGAUCAUCAAAUACGCGAUCGCAUAAUGGUUUCCAAGUUUCGCGGGCAACUACUUGC